AUGAGACGUAAACGCCACCACGGAAAACUCAAAGUCCCCGAUAUCAUUUCGGGAGGAUCAAGUGACGAGAUUCGCUUCAUUGAGCUGCUGCCUGGACCCGUGUUUAAGCUGUUUCAGGCUGCAUGUGAGCGUGGUAGGGAACACAAAUAUGCAUGGGUAUGGACUGAUGACGGGCGACUGUUCGCGCGAAAGGCGGCCAACGGAGAGCGCAUCGAGAUCGUCACCUGGGCCGACCUGGCCAAUAUUGUCAACGCAUUCUCCCUGCGCAAGCAAAUGGCGGUUGUCAAGGACAAGAUGCUCGAGUUGCGGGUCGAUGUACUGUCUGUCUGCGAGACCUGGCUCACGCCGAAUGUCGACUCGCGAGCGGUGGAGGUGCCUGGAUACAAAUUAUUCCGUAACGACCGAGGCUUGCCCUCACCGAAUCCCAACCAGGAUUAUGUGUUCGGUGGUGGUGUGGCUUGUUAUUUGCGUAGCGAUCUACCAGCCAGGAUCGUCUACAGCCCUAACAUUUCCUGCAUCGAUGAAAAUGAGGUCCUGGCAAUUGAAUUGAAGUUCAGAGCUAAGAAAUUAUUGCUUACCUCCGUCUACCGCCACCCACAUGGUAAUUACUGCACUGAGCUAUUUGACUACUACCAAUCGAUUUGUCAAUCAUUUGACCACUUUGUAUUUGUUGGCGACUUCAAUGCAAAUAUGCUCACGCAGAGUGAUGAGGCCAGGAACUUGAGAGCGCUCACCGGUGAAUGCUCAUUGGAGUGGUCCCGUCCAAGCCGACGCAUCACACCGCUUUCACCGACACUUGGAUUGACCUGGCGUUCGUGGACUCCCUUUCAAGAGUCCGGAAUUAUACAAAGUCCUCUGCACCGUUCAUCCAUGGGCAUGACUAUUUUUGUUUUGAUUAUUUUGUGGGCUCAUCUGCCGUGGUGCUUGAACCCCGCCUUGUCUCUUUCCCACUGUGACAACCCGGAUGUACUGCGUCACGAGUUCAAUUCUUCUGUGCUCGAAUUGCUCGACGAGCAUGCUCCCAUUGGCCUGUCUCGGAAACGAAGAGCAUCAGCCCCGUGGUUCCCGCCAGCACUGCGUGCGAGGUGUAAUGAGCGUGAUAGAAUGUACAGGGACGCGAGGCGGCGGGGCAGCCGAGACCUGCUUUAUCGAUAUCGCUGUCUGCGAAAGGAGCUUAAGCGCGAUAUCGAGCUCGCCAGAGAGCACUACCUGCGCGAUGGCCUUGCGUCAUGCUCUGAUUAUACACAGCGCUGGGCGUGUCUCCGACGCUUGGGCCUCGUUGAUGCGCCGAAUCCGUCGCCGCUUGACUACUUCCCGGCGGAUGAUCUCAUGCGACAUUAUCAGUCAAUCAGCGUUCGUCAUCCACUGUGCCCCACUGAUAUCCUCGAAGCCAUAUUCAAUGAGCCUGGUCGUGCUCUCGAGUGCGAGUUUCGGCUCAUCGAGGUGACAGAGGCGCAGGUACUCAAGGCUCUGCUGCACGUGGGACAUAUCGCUCGCGGUAGCAGCUGCGAUGGUGUGUCCUUGAGAUACCUGGAGCAUUCGUACACUAUAAUUGCGCCUUUCCUGCCGCGCAUUUUUAAUGCUUCUAUUGCCGCUGGCAAGUAUCCCACGCUCUGGAAGCGAUCAACAAUUGUUCCGCUCAGCAAAGUGCCCCGGCCGCUUUCGCCCGCGCAGACACGACCGAUAGCCAACCUGCCCCACUUGGCCAGGGCUUGUGAUAGGCUUAUCACCGAGCAGAUGGUCGCCUACCUGGAGGAUAACCGGCUGUUGUCAACAAGGCAAUCCGGAUUCAGAAGGGGCUACAGCACCCAGACGGCACUGUUGAGGGUCGUCGAGGACGCCCGAAGAGCAGUCGAGGAUGGGCAUAUGACGAUCAGUGUGCUAUUCGAUUUCAAGUGCGCAUUCGACACGCUUGAUCACACUGUGCUUUUGAGGAGGCUGCAUGAGUUGGGUUUCACGGCUGAUGCACUGCGCUUUGCACACUCCUACCUCAGCGACCGAUCUCAAGCUGUGGCUGGUCGUGAUGGCCCCGCCUCCGACUUCCUGCCUUUGACGUCUGGUGUACCACAAGGAUCAUCUCCAGUGCCGAUUUUCUUUGCUGCCUUCAUCGACUCAGUCAUCGGUGCGUUGCGGCACUGUGACUCGUCCUGCAUGCUCUUCGCGGAUGACCUGCAGAUCUACCUGUCCGGCCCACCCGAGGACCUGGAUCUCAUUGCAGCCAGGAUAAACAGCGACGUUCAGGCCGUUGCUGAGUGGGCGACACGCUGUGGCCUGUUGCUUAGCGUGCCAAAAACCCAGGCUAUGAUCAUUGCCUCUGAUCAGCGACGAAUGCGCUUCCCGUACGGCCCACGUGUGCCGAUUGUUUUGAGCGGUGAAGUUGUGCCAUACCAGAGCAGGAUCCGCAAUUUGGGCCUCAUGAUUCAGCAGAAUCUGUCUUGGGACAGCCAGAUUGGUGCGGUGUCUUCUCGCGUCCACGGCGUCUUCUGGCCUCUGCGUUGGUGCUGCCGCAGUUCGAUUACGCCUGCGCUGUUUUUCCGGUCCUGA